CACGCCCCAGACGAAAUUUCGUGGGACCCGUGCACAGGCUGCGUGCAGGGGUCGGAAAGCUCCGCGAUUCGGGGAGUCUGUGCGCUGCGACUCCAGAUCUUUUUUCGCGGGACAUCAGCAACAGUAGUGGUGGACUUCUCCGUGGAUGGGAAUGGUAAAUUCGUGAACGAAAACAGGCGAAAUAUUUACGACGAUCUCGAAGACACCCAUCCCCCACCACAGAACCAACUGCAACUUCUGCGCGACGCACCGCGGCCAUGGCCGGCAAGGGGAUGAAGAGCCUGAGCGAGGCCAUGAGGGGUCUGAGUCUCGCAGCACAGCCAUGCAGGGCCCUACCGGGUCGGCAAGUUUCAGUGGCGUGUAGGAGAUCAAUGGCAACCGCGGUCGAGACGAAGCCCACGAACAUCACACGAUCCGUCACCGAGCCGUGGAAUCCCAUAACCACCGUCCCUGUUACCAUCCACGCCUUCCCCACGCUCGAACCGCGCUCGCUCGAAUCUUGGUCCGCCAAGCACUUACAUCUUCCCCUCCGCCGUGAUAUCCUCCACUUAGCUGUUGUCUACGAAGGCGACAAGACACGGCAGGGGACGGCCUCGUCAAAAACCCGCUUCGAAGUACACGGCUCGCACCGCAAGCUCCGGCCGCAAAAAGGCUCCGGCCGCGCCCGUGUGGGCAACAAACAGUCCCCGCUGAUGAAGGGCGGCGGCAAGACGUUCGGCCCCAAGCCGCGCGACUUCAGCACCAAGCUCAACCGCAAGGUGUACGACCUGGCGUGGCGCACGGCGCUCUCGUACCGGUACCGGCGCGGCGAGCUGAUCGUGACCGAGGACGGGCUGGAGAUGCCGCUGCCGGAGGAGUUCCUCGAGCUGGCCGAGUCGGGCGUCAUGGGCCGCGAGCUCGAGGACGGCUUCGUCAGCAAGUACGUCGCCGAGUUCAUGGCCGCCCUGCAGUGGGGCGGGGCCCACGGCCGCACCACCUUCAUCACGGGCGACAGGCGGCCCAACUUAUUUACGGGCUUGGACGUUGCGGGGGAGAACGGCCGCGCGCUGGAGCUGGAGGAUGUUGAUGUUAAGGAUCUGCUGGAAACAGGCAGGAUUGUCAUUGAGCGCACGGCGCUGAGGGAGAUGAUCAAGGAGCACUCGAGCGAUCUGAUUUCGCGUGUGGUUGUUAAGGGGCUGAACGCCAAACCUACGCUGGGACAGGUACUCGUCCGGUGAGGAAGGGUUAGGCAGUUAGAUGGUUGGGAUUUACGCUGUACUAUAUGCUUGGAACGGCCUGUGGUUGAGUGAAGGGUCGUUUGCUUUGUACAGCAACUGUAAAAUGUAACAUUUUAUCAAAUAU